UAUCAGCGUUCGUGAUGAAGAGCAUUGGCAACAAAGUAUGACAUGCUUCCACAAGAACCGUCGCGACCUUCCCGUGGAGUUCGAGAUCAAGAGGCUGAGGAUGGCCGCACCAAGGCCGUCGACGUCAGCGGCCUUCUUGCCCAGUGGAUCAGCGAGCGGUGGGAGGGAUUUCUCCGGUGGUGGUAGAGGGAGGGCGCGGCGGCUUGUUCGGUGGUUGUGGGAGAGGGGGGAGGCAGGGAUGGAAGAGGGGGACGUGGCGGACAUGGAGGAGGCGGCAGUUAUGGUGGCGGAGCUUGCUAUUCUGGCGAACGUUGGGGUGGCGGUGGAUAUCGAGUCGCCGGCGGUGGCGCUUGCUGUAAUUGAGGGGAGCUUGGACAUUUUGAGCACGAGCGUCCGUCCGGACCGAAAUGAAGCAACGGAUUGCCGGUGAUCCCCCCAUCUGAUGAGUGAUGGAAACAAGGUCAAAUGGGGAUAUUUAAGGGAAUUGCUUUCAUGGUUGAGGCAUGAUCAGAUGUGCCCAGGGUUUCUUUUUGCUUAUUUGAUUCGUGGCGCCUUUUUUCUUUAAUUUUUUUUGUUGAUUCUGUCUUCCUUUUUUGUUUAAAUCUUGUGGGUAUGGAAGAUUGCGUCAGAAGGGGAUGAUGAAUUAUGAUUAGUGGGCAGACGGGACGGAAGAUUUUUGGCUCUCUUCCGUCUAUACUACCCACUCUAUGAAUAGUUUUCCUUAUCUUUCCA